AUGUCUGUGGUGGAAGUUGGUACUUUUAACGUCCGUGCGGGCUACAUCGGCGACGCGACGUGUACCCGGUGUGUGCCGGCACUGCGCGCCCUGGUCGCCCCAGAGGAGGUGGAUCUCAUCUCGCUUCUGUACGCCACCAGCAAGAGCCUCGAUACAGCGUCGCUGCCGUCGUCUUCGGCAUUUGCGAACGAGGAAGCAGGAGGGACUGCCGACUCCUUCCUGAGUCAAGGCAGUGGCGCACCUCCAAACGCGCUUCUCCCACUCUGGAGUCUACGCCAAGUGGAGAGCCAUCCACAGGAGCACAUAGACUCGUUGCGUCGCCUAAAGCGGGACGUGUUGGAGAACGCUGAGCAGGACCCGCUCUGCCUCGUCCUGCCCGAGGCCUGGCACGAGCGGACAGAUGUUAUGGAGGCGCUGUUUCAGCUCAUCCUCGAGACCCCAGGUCUCACGACGGCUCUCUACUGCAUGCGUCCUAGUGUGGGAUGGACGUUUGCGUCUGGCGCCGCCUCGAGUAUCGUGCUGGAUGUGGGGCACAGCCACACAACGGUUACUGCCGUCUUGGACGGCUAUGCACUGCGCCACUCCAUUGACACGAUCCCCGUCGGCGGUGACGCCGUCACGACCCAGUACAGCGAGUUGCUCAGCAAGCACCGACCCGUCGUGGAGGCGGCUGCGCCAGCAUUGUCACAUAGCACAGUGCGAGAGAUUUACUGGCGCGAUUGGGUGGCCGACGUAAAGCACUGCUUGGCACGCGUGCUGCCGUAUCAGGGCGGCACUGGCGGUGGCACGUCUGCUGCAGGGAAGGGGUCUUCGCCAACAGCGGUCAAGGAAGCCCCCGUGCGCGCUGCAACGGACUUGCAGGCGCCAGACGGCGCAAGAGUGCACCUUGACGAGGGCGAAGCUGCUAUCCCGUUCGAGGUGUUCUUCAGCGCAACAGGCGACGAGAAGCGGAACGUGGCGACUCUGAUGGCCAUGUGCAAGCGACGGAUGGACCCGGAGUGGCAGCUACACACAGUGCCGCACUUGCUUGCUGGAGCCGGUAGCCUUGUGCCGGGCUUCCGCGACCGCGUGGUUGAGGAGCUGAAGGCACAGGAUUCCUCCUACUUCCGCUAUGAACGGGAUGGGGUGCUGAACAUGGCGCAGACCGCCGAUGGUGCGUGGGUGGGGGCGUCCAUGGCCGCCUCCAGCUCGUCCUUUGAGCCACUCUGGGUGACACGGGGGGAAUGGGCUGAGGAGGGCGUCUCGGUGCUGUACCGUAAGCUCUUCUACUAG